AGAUGCCGAAGCCAUGGAGUUGAGCUGCAGCGAAGUGCCUCUUUAUGGGCAGAUGACAGUCUAUGCCAAGUUUGGCAAAAACGUUUAUCUUCCUGAAGAUGCUGAGUUCUAUUUUAUUUAUGACGGAUCUCAUCAGAGGCACGUUGUGAUUGCCCAGCGCAUCGAGGACAAUGUCCUUCAGUCCAGCAUUCCAGGCCACCAGCUUCAGGAAACAGUGAUGGUGUCUGCGUGCCUGUGCUCCGAGGGUUACUCCCCCGUGACCAUGGACUCUGGCUCCGUGACCUACGUAGACAACAUGGCCUGCAGGCUGGCUCGGCUGCUGGUCACUCAGGCGGACCGCCUCACGGCCUGUAGCCACCAGACCCUCCUCACGCCCUUUGCCCUGUCUGUGGGAGCACUGCCGGCCUUGGAUGAGGAGCUGGUGCUGGCGCUGACCCAAAUGGAGCUGCCUCGGGGGUGGACUGUGCUAGGAGCUUCUUCACUAGAAGUGUCUCUACCCAGAGAAACUCUUCUACACCUGGCUAUGAGAUGGGGCCUGACCAAGCUUUCCUGCUUCCUCUUGGACCUCCCUGGGGGAGCACAGGCCUUGGCUUUACCCAAUGAAGAAGGUGCCACGCCAUUAGACUUAGCUUCCCAUAGUGGACAUUCCACGCUGGUGGAAGACAUCACAAACUUUCGGGGCGAGGGUUCCCCCGGCUGCUCCCGGCUGUGGCUCAGCGAAGAUGCCUCCCUGCGGUUCAUCCACCCGUCACAAACGCUCACUCUCACCCUGAACCACACAGCCGAACACUUGCUCGAGACAGAUAUUAAACUCUUCCGGAAGUACUUUUGGGAUAGAGCCUCUCUUGUCAAGGCUCUUGAGCAAGAAGUCCAGCCAGGACAACUACCAACUAUGCCCUCCGGAGCUGCAGAAACUGAAGAAGAGACGAGUUCGGUAUCUGACGGAUCACCACCUGAAAAGGAGGACACAAAGUGUGUUGAGAGCCUGGUUGUUCAACUGAAUGAUAAAGACCGGGACAGCCAAGAUUUAGAUCGUUCUUUCGAUGUCCACAAAAAGUCCAAGAACGCUCCGACUUGCCUUGCCGCGGGCCGGCUUUCUGACAUGCUCAAUGGCGGAGGUGAAGUCUACGCGAACUGCGUGGCCAUAGAUCAGGUUGGCGAUUUGGAUAUCAACUAUAUGAACAUAGGGGGAAUUUCUGCUCACACAAGCCCUGAACCCAUGGAGUCUAGUGUGGGGCCUCAAACUUGUAAGCAUGUCCUUAUCCCUGACUCCAGCCCCAGCGCGUGCCCACAGGGUGAGAACAGCGAAGGGAUGGAAGCCUGGAGGUCCUCUCUCUCUUCGUCGGGUUCAGGUACUCCCAACUUGAAUCUGGCUUUUGGUUUUCCUGGAUCUGAAGAAGAACAAAGUCAUCGAAAGAAAAGAAGUUCCAGCCUGGAUGCCCUGGUUGCUGACAGCGAAGGGGAAGUGUGUCCUCAGCAGCCUCCCCCGUGCUGUGCUCCAGAGUCUCCGAGUUCCGCAGGAACUAGGAUUCCUAGUGGAGAUGAACUGGAUUCUUUGGAGACCAACGCUGAACCAGAUCUUAAUAUCUCCAGGACCGAAUCACUAUCUUUUUCAAGUCACCUGCAGUCAAAGGAUUCACUGCUCUCUGGAAUCCGUUCGAGAUCUUAUUCCUGCUCAUCACCCAAAAUUUCUUUAGGAAAAACCCGAUUGGUGCGUGAUCUUACAGUGUGCAAUUCCAGUGAAGAGCAAAGAGUUUAUAGUGUACCGGAGCCACCAGGAGAGAAAAGAAUUCAGGAAGAAGAAUGGGAUAAAUACAUUAUUCCUGCCAAAUCAGAGUCUGAAAAGUACAAAGUAAGCCGAACCUUCAGCUUUCUCAUGAAUCGCAUGAGUAGCCCUCGGAAUAAAUCUAAGAUGAAAAACAAGGAUGCCAAAGACAAAGAGAAAAUGAAUCGACACCAGUUUGUCCCUGGAACAUUCUCUGGUGUUCAGCAGUGUGCGGCUUGUGAUAAAACACUCCUGGGGAAAGAGUCAUUCCAGUGUUCCAACUGUAAUGCCAACGUGCACAAAGCCUGUAAAGACAGCGCCCUGCCCUGCCCCAAGAAAUUGCAAGAGAAAUAUAGCAAGAACAAGUCACAGACCAUCCUUGGAACGUCUGCAGUGAGAGACGUCCCGCAGCCCGGGACCUCCUUGCACUGCUCCUCCUCCAUGCCUAUUGGGUUGCCGGCAGGAAGGAAGGAGAGCGCCGGGCAGGUCCACCCGCUGUCCAGGAGCGUUCCCGGCACCACCCUGGAAAGCUUCAGGAGGUCAGUGACAGCUCUGGAGUGUGAGGGUGACAGUGGCAGCUGGCGAGGCCAGCCUCCCUCGGACGAGCUGCUCCCGUCGGUGGGCUCCUCUCCCUCCACGGACUCCUUCAUGAUGGAAGAUGUGGCGGAUUCCUCGCUGUGGAGCGGCCUGAGCGGCGACGCCCAGGACUUUGGGGCGGAGUCUUGGAGCCUCGUGGUGGACCCUUCGUUCUGCAGCCAGCAGGAGAAGGAUGUCAUCAAAAGGCAGGACGUCAUUUUUGAGCUGAUGCAGACAGAAACGCAUCACAUUCAGACCCUGUGCAUCAUGUCUGAGAUCUUCCGGAAGGGCAUGAAGGAGGAGCUGCAGCUGGACCACAGCACCGUGGACAAGAUCUUCCCCUGCUUGGACGAGUUGCUUGAGAUCCAUAGGCGUUUCUUCUUCAGUAUGAAGGAGCGCAAGCAGGAAUCCUGUGUUGCCAAUGACAGGAAUUUUGUGAUCAAUCGAAUCGGAGACAUUCUAGUACAACAGUUUUCAGAAGAAAAUGCAAAUAACAUGAAGAAGAUAUAUGGAGAAUUCUGUAGCCAUCACAAGGAAGCUGUUAAUCUCUUUAAAGAACUCCAACAGAAUAAAAAGUUUCAGAAUUUUAUUAAGCUCCGAAAUAGUAAUCUUUUGGCUCGACGCCGAGGAAUUCCAGAAUGCAUCCUGCUGGUCACCCAGCGUAUUACAAAAUACCCUGUGUUGGUGGAGAGGAUUCUGCAGUACACGAAGGAAAACACCGAAGAACAUAAAGACUUAUGCAAGGCUCUUGGCUUAAUUAAAGACAUGAUAGCGGCCGUGGAUCUGAAGGUCAACGAAUAUGAGACGAAUCAAAAAUGGCUUGAGAUCCUCAAUAAAAUCGAAAACAAAACAUAUACGAAACUCAAAAAUGGCCACGUGUUUAGAAAGCAGGCCCUGAUGAGUAAAGAAAGGACUCUGUUGUACGAUGGCCUCGUGUACUGGAAGACAGCGACAGGGCGCUUUAAAGAUAUCCUGGCUCUCCUGCUGACUGAUGUGCUGCUCUUUUUACAAGAAAAAGACCAAAAAUACAUCUUUGCAGCUGUGGACCAAAAGCCCUCCGUCAUUUCCCUUCAGAAGCUUAUUGCGAGAGAAGUCGCGAAUGAGGAGAGAGGGAUGUUUCUGAUCAGCGCUUCCUCGGCUGGUCCGGAGAUGUACGAAAUCCACACCAAUUCCAAGGAGGAACGAAAUAACUGGAUGAGGCAGAUCCAGCAGGCAGUGGAAAGCUGUCCAGAGGAAGAAGGGGGACGGACGAGUGAAUCGGACGAAGACAGACGGAAAGCGGAAGCCAGGCUGGCCAAAAUUCAACAAUGCCAAGAAAUACUCAGUAACCAAGACCAACAAAUCUGCACGUACCUGGAGGAGAAGCUGCACAUCUACGCGGAACUGGGGGAGCUGAGUGGCUACAAAGAUGUCCACCUGGAGCCACACCUCCUCAUUAAGCCUGACCCCGGAGAACCUCCCCAGGCAGCCUCCUUGCUGGCAGCAGCUCUGAAAGAAGCCGAGAGUCUGCAGGUUGCUGUGAAGGCCUCACAGGGUGACGGGACUCAGCCCUCGGAGGAAGCCUGCGGAGAACCUGCCUCUCAAGACGUUCCCAGCCGGCCCCUGGCUCCGCUGGUCCCAGGAGGGAUGGAAGAAAGCAGCUGUUGGGAUCCGGAUCCCGGGAUCCAGGGCGUGGUGAUGGACUUGGCGCUCUCAGGUGCAGGGGAGAAGGGUGAAGAGAGAAGUUUCCCAGGGUCUUCUCAGUCAGAGAUUAUACAAGCUAUACAGAAUUUAACGCGUCUCUUAUACAGCCUUCAGGCUGCCCUGACCAUCCAGGACAGCCACAUCGAGCUGCACCGGCUGGUCCUGCAGGAGCGGGAGCGGCCCUGCGGCGGCGCGGAGCGGCAGCGCGAGGAGCUGGCCGGGCUGCCCGCCCUGCAGGGCCGGUUCCAGCGGGAGCGGCGGCGCUGGCACCGGGCCUGCGAGCAGCAGCAGCGCGAGCAGGAGGCCCGGGCCGGCCGGCUGGCGGAGCGCGAGCGGGCCUGCCGGGCGCAGGAGGAGCAGCUGCGGCGGGGCCGCGGGGAGCUGGAGCACCAGCGCCGGGAGCACCAGCAGAGCCUGGAGCAGCUGCGCCAGGGCCAGCGGCGCGUGGAGCGCGAGCGCGAGCGGAUGCGCGCCCGGCACGGCCACGGCCACGGCCGGCAGAGCAGCCUCCCCGCCGCCUUCCCCCCCGGGGGCCCGCAGGUCGUGGAACUUAAUCGAUCCGAGAGUUUGUCUCCUGAAAGCACGUUCUUCAUCAACGAAGCUUUAGUGCAAGUGUCACUUAACGCUUUCGAUAAACCGAAUCCUUCUGGUAUCUACGAGGAUGCCCCUCACGCCCCCAGCAACCUCCAUUCCUAUUUGGUAAGGACUAGUGACAGCCAAGUAGCCCCGAAGACGGAUGUAUCUCAGCUUUCAGAUGUCAACCAUGUACUGUGGCCAGCCGCUGGAGCCUCUUACCAGAUACCCCCACUCCACGGAAUCAGCGAGGACUCCUCUAGCAAUGAUUUGAGCACUUCGCAGAGUGAAUUUCCAGUCUCUCAGGACUCACAUUCCCCCAGUUCUCAGCCACGGACAUUUCUAGCAGAAGCCAAGCUCAAUCUACAGAGGGUGGCCAGACAAGAUGGAGAAAUUGGAGAUGUCAUGGAAGAAAAUAUUGUUUACCUCUGAUUAUGUUGUCAUUAAUUUUCCCAAACAAACAGAAACACUGGCACUUUGAGGAGAACCCCCGUCUACUCCUUGUGUGUGUGAUUGUGCCCAAAUUGAUUUAAGAAUAAUAUUUAAUAUUUCAUGCAAAUUCAAUUUUGGCAUGCAUGUAAUAAUUAAAUUAUUGAAAACA